AUGAUUAUAGCUAAAGUAUUUAUUGAACAAGAAAAAGAACUUGAAUUAAAUAAUACAAAUUUAAAACAAUUACUUGAUUCAUUAAUUAAAUCAGGUUUGUCACAUAAAAAUAUUGAUAUUCAAUCUCAAACUUUACCAACAUUACGAUCUCUUACGUGCCAUUCUCGACAAGCAACAAUUGAAUAUACUAAACAAAAUUUUCAUAUAACCGAUAAAAUCGAAAAUAUCUCUUUAAAAUGUCAAUCAAUAUCAACUUUUAUUGAUGUUCUUCUUGUUCAUGGUCCUGAUAUUUUAACAAAUAUAAAUUUAUUAAAUUUAACAUCUUCUCAAUUUACAACACAAUAUUUUAUAAAUCUUUUGGAUCAACAAAAUAUUGAAAUAAAAACUACUAUUGCAUUUGGUCUUAUUAAAUUAUUUCUUAGUUCUCGUCUUGAACCAAAUAUUGCUUUACUUGAAAUUAUACUUGAUUAUCGUUUUUCAAAUGGUUAUCGAUCUAUUAAUCAAUAUCAACGAGAUGAUAUAACUUCUUUCUUCUAUUUUUUUAUUCAUUCAUCAAUUUCAAAUGUUUUACUUAUUGAAGAAUUAACAUUUGAUCUUGUUUCUCUUGAAUCAAUGUGUUAUUUUUGUAGUGUGUUACUUUCUUUACCAACUUUACCAAUUGAUAAAUCAAAUGAAGAACAUUCUCAUUAUCAUCUUGCAAUAAAUCUUCUUGAAUCAAUUCAUAAUUCAACUAAUAAUCAUACAUCAUUUAUUAUAAAAUCUUAUUUAAAUACAAUAAAACAUCUUCAAUUUCAAUAUAUGAAAAAAGAACAAUUACAAAUUAUUCUAGAUUCAAUUAUUCGACUUCGACAAUAUCCAAAUUUACCAUUAAUUAUAUCAAAUUCUAUAAAAAAUAUUGAAGAACAAAUACAAUCAUGUUUAAAAUUAAUUAAGAAAUUAACAAAUGAUAACAAUGAUGAUAAACGAUCUUGUUCACCUUCACCACCAUCUCUAAGAAAUUCUAAACGUAUUUCUUCAACAUUUAAACCGUCUAUAAUUUCAUCACCAAAUGUACUUUAUGAUCGAACUAAUCAAAUAAUUAUUAACAAUGAUAAUCGAUUAUUAUCAAAAGGUAUUAAAAGAAAAUUAAAUACAAAUCGUUAUAUGACACUUGAUUUUGAAAAUGACACAGAUGAUUUUUUCUAG